AAAUGCCCUUUAGUUAAUGUGGACCAUCCCUUUGUUUUGCAGUGGUUGCAAAGUGACUCUAAACCUUCUCCAUCCUUGGAUUUGUGACCAUUCUUGCUUCUGCACGCUGAGAUGGAGCUCUUGGGGACGUGCACUGCUCUCCUGGUCAUCUGGAUCUCCUUCCUUCUCCUUUCUGCCACCUGGAAGAGCAAGAUGUACAGAAAAGGGAAAAUGCCCCCCGGCCCCACUCCGCUGCCCAUCUUUGGGAAUUUUCUGCAGCUAAAGGGCAAAUACUGGGAUCAGGAAUUCUCCAAGAUAAGUGAGACGUAUGGCCCAGUGUUUACACUUUAUUUGGGGAUGGAGCCUGUUGUGGUGCUGAACAGCUAUGAGGCCAUCAAAGAAGCGUUGAUUGACCAGGGCAAUGACUUUUCUGUCAGGGCAAAAAUACCAUUGACAGAUAAACUCAGCAAAGGAGGAGGGAUGGCCUUCAGCAAUGGGAAGACAUGGGAGCAGCUCCGGCAAUUUACCUUGACUACCUUCCGCACCUUUGGGAUGGGGAAGAGGAGCAUUGAGGAGAGGAUCCAAAAGGAAAUUCAAUAUCUCCUGGAAAAAUUCCAUGACACAAAGGGCCAACCCUUUGACCCACACCACCUCCUCGCCAGUGCUGCCUCCAAUGUCAUCUGUUCCAUCAUCUUUGGAAAGCACUAUGGAUAUGACGACAAGAUGUUUCAAACCUUGAUCACCAUGAAUGUUGAAAACGUUGAGAUUUUUACCUCCUUUUGGGGACAACUUUUCAAUGCCUUCCCUGCCUUCAUGGAAUGGAUUCCAGGGCCCCAUCACCACAUGAUAGCAAACCAUGUCAAAUCCACAGAACUUGUUUUGGAGGAAGCCAAGGAGCACAGGGAUACUUUGGACUCCAACUCACCUCGGGAUUUCAUCGACUGCUUCUUAAUCAGAAUGGAUCAGGAGAAACAUGAAGAGGCCUCUGAGUUCACCAUGGAGAACAUGGUUACCUGCUGUAUCGACUUAUUUGCUGCAGGAUUAGAAGCAAUCAGCUCCACACUCAAGUAUGGGCUCUUGAUCCUCCAGAAGUACCCAGAAAUUGCAGAGAAAGUGCAAGAAGAGAUUGACCGGGUGGUUGGCCGCUCCCGGAUGCCCAGCAUGGCUGACCGCAGACAGAUGCCCUACACAGAUGCUGUCAUCCAUGAGAUCCAGAGGUUCAUCUCUAUUGUUUCACUGUCCCUCCCCCAUUCUGUGGUCAAAGACACACCAUUCAGAGGAUACAUCAUCCCAAAAGGCACCAAGAUUUUUCCUGUUCUGACCUCAGUGCUGCAUGAUGGCAAGGAGUUUCCUAACCCCACAGAGUUUGACCCAGGGCACUUCUUGAAUGAAGAUGGGACCUUCAGGAAGAGCGACUACUUCAUGCCCUUUUCGAUGGGCAAACGGUUGUGUGUUGGAGAAGGCCUGACCCGCAUGGAGCUCUUCUUGUUCUUCACCUCCAUCAUCCAGAACUUCAAGCUGAAACCCAUCACAGACCCCAAGGACAUUGAUGUCACACCUCUGGUGAAACCAUUCGGCAGAUUCUCCCGACCCUAUGAGUUCUGUGUUAUCCCUCGCUGAAAAGCUCCUGUCUGGGAAAGAGAUGCCCUGGGAAAGCCAGGGGCCACUGCACAAACUCAGCUUUCGCUUCUUUGUGAAACAACUAUCCUAGACUUUCUUUAGAGAUGCCUGAAAGGCAUUCCAGCCUCAAGUGAAAAGAUAAUUUUGUAUUAUGGCCGAAGGAGUCUAAGUGGGGUUUAACUUGCUCAAUUAUGAAAUAUUAUUUUAGUCUCUUUAACUUAGUCUCUGAUUUUGCAUGCUGACAUUCCAGACAGCUAUAUUCCUCCAUCUAGACUAUUUUUAAUGCUUUGCUUUUCAAAACUAUUUUUGUGUUCUGUCAUGACUUUUCUAUGAUUCUAUGGUCAUAUGUGUGUGUAGUGAAUAUGAAGAAGUCUUAUGGCAGGAAUGUAUAAUCAGGAAACAAUAAAUGUUCAUUGGCCCAGAGUAGUGGAAAAGGAAAGUAAGCCUUUUAUCUCACUGCAUUACACGAAAUUAGUGUGAUUUAUGAUCCUGGAUACAAUUAAUAUAUAAGCUUUUAUAUAUGUAAACACAGGUAACUCUUCCAGUUUUGACAAGCAGAUUAGUAAUGGCAUCACUUCUGUGCAUUAGCAAUAAAGGACCUUUGGAAAUAAAUCCCCUGCCCAACAUAACGGGUAGGAUAGUUGCAGCAGCAGGCGCUCUUUCCAUCUGCCACCAUGCCCAGGCUCCUUUGCCCCAUGAGACUCUGGGCUUUGAAUGCAUAGAUCCGCCCUACCAAACGGGAGCAAACCGGAUUGGUCCAAUAAGGGUGGACCUGAUUGAAACCCUGUUUACUUAGUUCUGCUAGCCAGAGAUAAAUUCUGGUGCUCCAGCUCCUCUGGCUCGGUUGCCUUUGUUGGGGAAAUGUCCCAGAAUAGUAGAGCAUCCAAUAAAUACAUAAAAACAGGAUCCUUAAUUGAGCAGUCAGUUCACAGCAAGCAGAAAAGUGAAGUGUUGUGGUUGGAAAAUAAUGCUGGGUGUAGGAGGCAAAGAGUUCUAUCUUUAAAGUUACAAAAAUGUUUAUUGAAAAAUAAGAACUACAUUUCUUGAUAGGAAACAAUUGGGUCUAAGCUUCUCUCCAAUUCCAUAACUUCUAAGUUCCAAGGCAAGAGGAAAACCUCCAAACAAUACAUCUGUUCAAACACACAGAGUAGGGAGAGGUCAGAAUGCAAGCAUGGGAAGAGUAGAAGUCUUAAGCGAAGGCAUGCAACCUGAAGGGGAUCCGUUCUACACCACCAGUCAGAUGGGAGCAAAUAGAUAUGUUUCAACUGACUUUCAUGAGUCAGGAUUGAAGGGAAUCCUUCAGUCUAUUCUAAAGCUAGCUAACUGUUCCUCAUUGAGGACUGCAGACUUGGGUGGGGAGGAGUUGAAUUCUGACAGCCCUUGAGCUCUUGAAGGUGAAAGACCAGUGGAGCAAGCGGUCUAAAGCCGGACUGUGAUGGAUCCAGAAAAUCCCUCCCAACAGACCAUCAUAAAGCCUCUGUUCAAAUACCUACAGAGAAGGAUGCUCCACUGGACUCCCAGGGAGUAUAUGCAUCAGCAAAGUUGGAAGAGAAUCCCAAAGGGCAUCUAGUCCAAAGGACAUACACAAUAAAAUAAACAACAACUGGAUGACCAUCCAGCCUCUGUUUAACAACCUACAAAGAGACUUGUUCAAGUGUCGGUACUAUUGUAACUUUUAUAAUUUAAAAAAUUAGUUGAUUGAGUUACAAUAAAUAUAUUGUACAAAAGGCAAGCUUCAAUUAACUGUUUUAACCUCUGCCCGACCCUUGGGCAGAGUCGACAACCCUGGAAUUUCCUCCAACACCUAAAGCCGAAGGCGCAGCAAGGACAAUUACUAGCUGGACAUGAUUUGCCUGCAGCUAAACUGAUGGCCUUAUGACUGUUAUCUGAGAUUCCUCUUCUGUGGGACAUGAGCCAUCAAGCAGAUAAAGCCACGGACAGAAGGAAUAUGAUUACUCUGACAUUCCCAAUAGACAUUUGAAGACCCACGCUUUGUUUGUUCAGUCUGGGAAUGUACAUACGUAAUUGCCACCCAUUGUCACCAGCAUCCUGGAUUUGGCAUUUGCCCAAGCCAUCAUUCCUACACCCGGAUGUUCAUUGUUUCUGAAAUUCCGGCUUGAGCUUCCAGAAGGGGUACAGCUUCCUGGGAGCCCUCUCUGCCCCAAGACACACCUCACACAGCUGAUUGGCAGCCCCAAGGCUUUCCUGCCAACUGGAGCUUGGACCUACCACAGUUCUAACUCACCUGAGCCCACCCCUUAACCAAUCAGGAGCAGAGGAGGUGCCAGCCGGCUUCUAAUGCCCGACCAAUCAGGGAUGGGGGAGGGAAUUUCAAAACUCAACAAUGUUAAUGAAUGGGGGUUUUACUGUAUAAAAGUUACUGCAUAUCCCAUAAUGUUUAUGAUGUUUUGACAUCCAUUGUUGUACAGUACACCCCUUCUGCAGACUGAAUAAAGCCUCUGUUGUUUGCCUUCA